UCUCCCUGCCCAGGAGGAGUCAGCUCUGUCUCCAGGACCAGCAAGACUAUGGCAGAGGACCUGGGCUUUGGGGAGACAGCCAGCGUGGAAAUGCUGCCGGAGGACCACAGCUGCAGACCCAAGGCGAGAGCCGGGCUAGCAGCCAGGAGCAGCAGCGCCCGCUGGGCUCUCACCUGUUGCCUGGUGUCACUCCCCUUCCUGGCAGCGCUCACCACCUACCUGCUCGUUGGCCAGCCCAGAGCCCCAGGAGAGGCCAGUGUGUUCCAGACUUCAAAAGGACAGGAAUUUGGACCUUCACAUCAGCGCGCUUAUGCACCUUCCAGAGCUGAUGUAGAUAAGCCAAGAGCACACCUGACAGUUGUGAGACAAACACCCACACCGCCCUCGGGAAGUCAGUUCCCAGCUCUGGACUGGCAACAUGAACAUGGCUUGGCCUUCACCAAGAAUCGGAUGAACUACACCAAUAAAUUCCUGGUGAUUCCGCUGUCGGGAGACUACUUUGUUUACUCUCAGAUCACCUUCCGAGGUACCACAUCCAAGUGUGGUGAAAUCCAAGGGAACCGACGGAACAAGCCAGAUGCCAUCAUUGUGGUCAUCACCAAGGUAACAGACAGCUACCCCGAGCCCACUGAGCUCCUCAUGGGGACCAAGACAGUGUGUGAAAUAAGUACCAACUGGUUCCAACCUAUUUAUCUCGGGGCCAUGUUCUCCUUGCAAGAAGGGGACAAACUGACGGUCAACGUCAGUGACAUCUCUUUGGUGGAUUACACAAAAGAAGAUAAAACCUUCUUCGGAGCCUUCUUGCUAUAGGGGCAAGCCAGACAUCACUGUG